AUGAGCUUAGAUCAGAGUGUUGCUGAAAAAGUUUCAACAGAUAGUGUUAAAAGAUCCCUUACCGGCAGUAAACUAGAACAACAGUCACAAGAAAUAAGCUAUGCUUCUCGCAGCAGUAGUGUUCCAGUUUCAUUACGAGAACAGCAAAGCGGCGAAGGUAUCGAUGAAGACGCACCAGAAGAACCCUUAUUGUCUUACAUCCAGAUGCUGGAUGCUCCAAGAGAACUCGGGGAGCCCAUCGACAUAACCAUAGAUUAUUUGAAGCAAAUAUCCGACGAAUUGGGGCUGAUUAAGUUGUGCUGGCCAGAUUUAUCUAAUGUUACUUUCGAGGAUCGCUCCAAUUUUCCCGAAAGUUAUCUGAAAAACUCGAAUAAGGAAAAACUAUUGCUUUUGUAUGCUGAGAACUUUCGGAGGCAGUUUUGUUACAAGUAUCCUGACAGGAAACCAUUGUUUUUGGCUUGCGAUAAUGAAUGUGGAAUGCAGGUAAGAACUACAAUUUAG